CUCCCUUCCUUGGCCUCAUCAUCAUUCGCUAACUCGCAAUACUACCUACGCCCACCAUGCCACGGAUACUGGUUUCUUUCGCUGCCGUCGUCUCUGCUCUGUCUCCGCUCGUACACGCCGGCAUCACCUUCUCCUCCCCAGCAGCAGGCACCCAGCUCACAGCAGGCUCUGCCAUUACGGUACAAUGGACCGAGGGCGGCUCGGGACCCAAGAUCGCAGACCUACAGGGUUAUCAGUUGCAGCUGGUGGUGGGAGGGAACAAGGACUCUGAACAGUUUGUCGCGACUACCAUUACCCCAAGUGGCUUGUUUUCGGCGGGCAACUCGGCCUCAGGAAGAGUUGAGGCUGGCGUGUCCGAGGACUUGAAGACUGCCAAUGCAUACUUCGUCAAGAUGAUUGCAACCCCAAAGACGGGCGGCGGCCAGUACGUCGUCUACUCCGACCGUUUUGCCUACUCGGGCAUGACAGGCAAGGGCGUCCUCGCUCCCGCGAUCAAGCAGGCCGCUCUGGCCGUCACCAACACCGACGGCCCCCCGAGCCAAGAUGGCCUGACCAAUGAAGACACUGCGGCGGCCGGUGGCGAUCAAUACGAAGUCGAGUACACGAUGCAGACGGGACUGACUCGCUAUGCACCCAUGCAGCCGGUGCCAGGAACCAAGGUCACGGCCACCAACACGCAGCCACUGUACCCUACCAGCAGCGUGGUGAUUGCAAAGACGAAGCUGCCAACCCCCAGCCAAGUCAUUACCAUCACCGCCUCUCAAACCUUCUCUACCAAGAGCAUGGAAAACACGGUGGCCCCAGCGCCUCACGCAACCGACGACAUGGCCAAGUUCCUUAGGCGUUGGCAGGAUUAAAUGCCCUUUGUGGUAUGCAAAAUACACCAGUCAGCGCCUCGACGAUUGGCUGCAAUGGGCCGGUCGACCCAGCAUCGACAUUUACCUAUCACCACCGACUGCGCUGGACUACGUGACUGUCCACUAGAUGCAUCAGUGGCACAUGGAUGGUGGCAGUGUUUGCUCAGCUAUGGGGUCCGCGUCUGCUCAUCCCAUGCUUUUAUUGAGCCUCGUGGGCGUGGUCUUCUGAUCACAGUUCGAUAUGCCGGAACCAUGAGAAUGCCCACCUCUGGGCCACGGAGCACACACUGGUAUUUGGAGCUUGUUUGUUUUAUUAGCGAUGGAGCGGAUUGCAUUGGGUUAACAAAUUUAGACAUGAUGAUGUAGUUUUACGCGCACUCGCGGUUGUAUCAAUGA